AUGAACAGUGACGAGUUUGAGUAUGAUUCAGAUACUGAGUCUGAAUAUUCUAUUUUUGAUGAAAAUGAUAGAUACGCCCUUCAUGGACUCAACAACUCAUUAGGCAUUUCGGAUCUUGUAGACGUUCCAAACCUUUUUCGGGUGUACUCCUGGUUACAAAACCAUUAUAAGCAGAAAAAGGGACAGCUUCGCCAUGGCGUAAGUCGUCAAAGGAACAAACUGCAGCCUUUGCAUCGGCAACUCAACCAAGAGUCUGAGAAAUUGAAGGAAAAGUUUGGACAUUCCAUUGAUGAGUUACAAGCAAAAUGGAAUUCCGGUCAGAUGGUCCGUUUUCGCGACAAAGUAUCAUUUGUUUUAGGAGUUAGUACCUCCAUUCUGACGGCCUUACUUUUGGGAAUGGCUCCAGAGUAUAUUCAUAUAUGGUACACAAUUCAGCUCCUCAUUUUCCUUCCACUAAGGUACUAUACAUACCAUCGUAAAGGCUAUGUUUACUUCAUUGCUGAUUUUUGUUAUUGGGGGAAUGUUAUGCUACUAGCUUACAUAUGGAUAUUUCCCUUCAGUCGCAGGUUCUUUGUUUUGAGUUACUCCGUGAGUUACGGCACUCUUGCUUGGUCAGUUGUAGCUUGGCGAAACAGUCUUUUAUUCCAUUCUCUUGAUAAAAUUACGAGUCUAUUUAUUCAUUUUUUCCCUCCUCUAGUUUUACAUACACUAGUCCAUUUAGUCAAUCCAUCCCUUCUCGAGGAACGGUUUCCAGCUAUACCAAAUGUUCCUAAUAUUUAUUUGGGAUCUUCAUUAAAAAUCGCGUCUAUAUCAUACGCUUUAUGGCAGAUAUGGUACUACUUUUUCAUUCAAGUCGGAAAGCGUAAAGAAAUUCAGGCAGGAAAACCUACUUCCUUUACGUGGAUGUCAAAAGCCUACUCUAAGACGACUUUAGGAAAAGCAUUAAACGCGUUGCCUGAAAAUCUUCGACCCUUCGCUUUUAUGGUUCUUCAAUAUUUAUAUUCUAUUACUACCAUGUGUCCAUGCUCUAUUUGGUACAAUAACAAAGUCUAUUCUACUGCUUUUUUGGUUGUCAUUUUUGGUUGGUCAGUAUGGAAUGGCGCAUCUUAUUAUAUCGACGUUUUUGGUAUGCGAUUUCAAAGAGAAUUGGAAGCAUUGAGACGUGAAAUCGCUAAUGAUCCUUCACGCUCCUCUCCAUCCAGCGAGUUAGAUCCAGAAAAUUCAAACAGUUCCAAAGUAAAAUAA